CACUAAACCUUUGACUCUAAUGUUUAACUUUGAUGACUGUUCUUGUGGAGCUGUGUUCUAGAUAUGCGCGGAAGCUGAAGCCUCACUUGUCAGAUGGAGCUCCUGCCAGGCUUGGUUGUGGAGUUGAAGCUCACAGUAGUGGAGGGCGUGCUACCAUAUUUUCAGGAAGAUGAAGAGGAGAAGUGGAUCUUGUUCUGGUCCCCCGCAAUGCAGGUUCCACGCUGUAAGACCCCUGUGCGGACCACUAAAUUCCGUCGGACUCGUGCCCGGUGGCUGAUGAAGGAGGGCAGCUCACGUGGUUGUUGGGCAAAGUUUCGACGUGGUGUGAUGUGGGCACGCGCUUUCUUUAUGAGGUUUGGGAUCUCAAUUCAACGCAGUUGCGUGGUUCGGGCCUAUGACAAAUUUCUUUUUCUGUGGCUUGAACAUUUUGGCCAGAACCACAUCCCUAGCGUGGGGACGCUAUGCGCUUUGGUCAUCGCGCAUCAACGUUUGCCCGACAAGGGGGACGUGGCUAAAGCUUGGGCCGAGGAAGCGAGAGAGGUACUUGGAGAUCCCUUGCAAGAAUGGCCUUUGCCAGCGCAUGACUUCAUCGAUGCAGUUCACCGAUGGGGUUCCCUCCGAAGGGAGGAGGCCGUGGAACUAAUCCUUGAGAUUGAGACAGCGCUUGCAGCACCACCAGAACUCAAGGACAAUGUAGGAGAGGAUGCUCGCGCGCCUGAGAAACAUGUGGAGGACACUUUAAGAGAGUAUGCGCCCGUACCUGAGAAGCAGGUGGAGGGCGCAGCUGCGGAUAAGACUUCAUUGGCGUUGAAGAGAAGAGCGCAUCCAAAGCCCAAGACGAAGCCCAAGGACAAUGUAGGAGAGGAUGACCGUGUACCUGAGAAGCAUGUGGAGGCAGGAUGAAGGCAGUUUGGUUUGAGAAACAGCUUGGAGACAAUCAAGACAGAACGACACACUGUUUCUUUCUUUCUGUCGAGAAUGUACUUGAGAAGCUGGUAGAGGCAGGGUGAAGGCAGUUUGAUUUGAAAGGACGACUCCAAGGCAAUGAAGUGACGCACCAUUUCUUUCCUGCCGAGGACAACGAAAGAGAGGAUGCACCUGUUCUUGAGAAGCAGGUGAAGGCUGGGGUGAAGGUAAACACAACUUCAAGACUCAAGACAAUGAAGACAAGUAUCCUUCUUAUUUGUAAUGAUUCCUCCAGCCUCCAGUGGCCAAGGCGUCCUCAGUGACAACACCGCCCAGAACUUCCAUGACAUCUUCAUCCGCAACAUCAUCUGGGAAGGGCGCAGUCUCAUCUUCUCCACUUCCUGAUGACUGUGAAGACUCAGAAUGCGAAAUGUUCUAGUCGCGGAAUCAAACAGAGGAUGCCGUGACACAUAUAUUCGGCCUGAAUUCAGUUGCACCCAAGCAGGGAAGCCAAGCACCUGCAGCAUUGACCGAAUUCGUACGGUGCCUGACCUCGGAAUUCCGU